CGCGGCAUAUUUCAUGCGAGAUUCUGGACAAUUUACUUGUUGCCUGUUGACUGCCCGUGCACCGGGUAGCUGCAGGUCGCGCUUUCUUUCACAUCUGAAGCAAACUCGCCCUCACCUCCAGGAUACUUCAACGCCCCUUCCUCCGAAGAAAGCUCACUCUUUACCUACUGGCAUUCAUCCGCCUAUCUCAGAGGUGUACUCGAAGUCGACCGCGACUUCCUGACAAGGUCUGGUUACGUUUGGAAACAAGCCGACAGGUGUGGAGUGCUGCGACG